ACAACGAACUUGGUGGUCAGUGUGCGAAUUGCGGGCAACGAGAUAAGAGGCGAAGAGGGGUAUUUGCUGCUCUCUUGGGCCGUUGUAAAUAUUGGAAAGGAAAAACAGAAUAAGACAACAUAGCUAAGCAGCUAUGGCAGAAGGCGAUAACAAAAGCACAAAUUUGUAUGCCCAGGAGACGGCCCAGCUGGAGGAGCAGCUGCAGGGCUGGGGCGAGGUGAUCCUGGCCGGAGAUCAGGUCCUGCGCUGGGAGAAACCCUGGUUCCCUGCGGCCGUGAUUGGAGCCACAACCCUGCUGUUCAUGUUGAUCUAUUACCUGGACCCGUCAGUGCUGACCGGGGUCUCCUGUGCUGUGAUGAUUCUCUGCCUGGCGGAUUACCUGGUGCCCACCCUCGCCCCCAGAGUGUUUGGUUCCAACAAGUGGACCACAGAGCAGCAGCAACGUUUCCAUGAGAUCUGUGGCAACCUGGUGAAGUCCCAGCACAGCGUGGGCGGCUGGUGGAAACGCCUCUUCACUCUCAAGGAGGAGAAACCCAAAAUGUACUUCCUGUCAGUGAUCAGCAGUCUGCUCGUGGUGGCCUGGAUUGGGCAACAAGUGCACAACUUGUUCCUGACCUACCUGAUCGUGAGCUUCCUCCUCUUGUUGCCCGGACUGAAUCAGCACGGCAUCAUUACCAAGUACAUGGGCAUGGCCAAGAGGGAGAUCAACAAGCUUCUCAAACAGAAGGAGAAGAAGAACGAGUGAAGAGGAACGGAGAACGAGAGUCCCCUCACACGACCCACCACGGAUGGAACCACUUGCCACAGCUCCCUCUCACCUGUCAAAAACCCCAGCCCUUCCAUCCGUCACAACCCCCCCCCUAUCAAUUGUCGCCCUACCUCUUUAAUCACAAAUCCCUGAAUACCUCCCCUGCUCCUGUUACAGAUCCCUGCCCCAGAUCCCUGCCCCAUCCUCGCCAAGGGUGCAAGCUCCGCAUGCUCACGUAGUUUCCCUUCAUCAAAAAAUACCAUUAGCAAUCUCAGAACAAUCACCCACAUGCACACACACACGCCUUCAGUCCCUAAAGCUUCACUGCUGUCUGUUACUCGAUUUACUUUGGUGGCAGUUAUCUAGAGUGAUGCUGAAUGCAGCAGCAGGGGCAUCUACUGUCCUGUAUGUUUGAUUUGGCUGGGACUGAAAAGCGACUUGGAGCUUUCUGUCCCGUCGGCAGUUUCUCCCCCCCCCCAUUGCACUGAGACUCAAAACUGGACGCAAGAACGAAACCCGUCUCCAGAGGCACCAGGCGUGCCCGGGCGAGAGAGCCUACUACUGUACAGCCAGGACGGCCAGGUCAUCGGACCCGGCGCUGGAACCCCGUCAAAGCCCUACUGAUCCCCCACACCCCAGAACCCCUCUCCUGCUGUCUGGGCCAUGUUUGUACAUACGGCUGUCCCUUUUCCGCUCUUUACUCCUCUCUGCGCGUUAACAUGGGCUAUGUUACACGCAGCCUCUCCUCUGUCCUCUCAUUUCACCUUUCAUUUACUAUCUUCUGUAUCUAAGUAAUAAAGUCUGUCUUUAAAAACAGAAA